AUGGGGCCACUGAUACAGUGGCAAAGAGGAUUCCUGUCAUGAAACACAGGGCAGCGAUGGUGGCUCCCAAGCCGGGGCUUUGUAUCCGCAUCGCCCUGGGAGACAUUGGCAACUGCACCUCUGAGCCAAAGGCACAGGCUGCCACCGAAGUGAUGGUGGUCCAGGGCUGCAAGUGGAACCUGGCCACCAGGUCCUCUCUCAUGAUCUCCCUGGGGAAGAUGGCUACCAGGAGGAGCAUGCUGAGGGCCACCACCAGGCAGAUGCUGCCACCAGCCCUGGAGCCCUCCCAGCUGGCGCCUCAGUCUCCAGCUACCAUGGAGGUAUCGGAAUGUUCCGCAUCAGACGAUAUGCUAUGUCAGGCUUUUUCUGAUGUCUUGCUUGAUGCGGAAGACGUAGAUGCGGAAGACGCUUCUGACCCAAGCCUCUGCAGCAGCUAUGUGAAGGACAUCUACAAGUAUCUGAGACAGCUUGAGCAAAAAAACCCCGUCAGACCCAAAUACCUGGAUGGCCAGAAAAUCAAUGGGAACAUGCGUGCCGUGCUAAUGGACUGGCUUGUGCAAGUACAGUUAAAAUUCAGACUCCAGCAGGAGACCUUGUACCUGGCAGUUGCUGUCACUGAUCGCUUCCUGCAGGACAAUCUUGUUUCCAAGAAGAUGUUGCAGCUGGUUGGUACUACGGCGAUGUUCAUUGCCAGCAAAUACGAAGAGAUGUUUCCCCCACAUAUUGGAGACUUUGCCUAUAUAACUGAUCACAGUUAUACAAAGCUACAAAUCUACCAGAUGGAGAUGAAGAUCCUGCAAGCCCUGGACUUUGGUGUGAGCUUCCCUCUUCCUCCGCACUUCCUAAGAAGGAUUUCAAAAGUUUCAGAGAUGGACUUCCAACAGCACUGGCUGGCUAAGUACCUGAUGGAGUUGUCCAUUUUGGACUAUGAUAUGGUUCACCUCCUUCCAUCCAAGACUGCAGCCGCUGCUUGCUGUUUGGCUCUGCAACUCACUGGAUGUGAGUGGACACCAACUCUGCAAUCCUGCAUGUCUUACACUGAGAGCGACCUUCUCCCAGUUAUGCGGCAUAUAGCAAAGAAUGUAAUCCUUGUGAAUAAGGGUGUUACCAUGCAGAUGGCAAUCAAGGACAAAUAUGCCAGCAGCACCAGUGGCAAGAUAAGCACCAUUGGACAGCUGAACUCUUCUUGCUUGUGGGAUCUAGCUCAGCCUCUGAUUAGAGAAGUAGUAACUCCUAUCUGAUAUCAAGCAGAAUGAUGACUCUGUGCUAUUGUGUAUAUAAUGUACCUUAUUUGUGUGUUUCAGCCUCUUA